AUGGGGCAGAGACUCAAGCGAGCCCGAGGAUUCCAAGUGGACGUGACGCUGGAUCCAGACACGGCUCAUCCCCAACUCGUCCUGUCUGAGGAUCGGAAACGUGUGAGACUCGGAGACACACGCCAGGAUCUGCCCGACACCCCUGAGAGAUUUGAUCCUUGUCCCUGUGUGCUGGGCGCCGAGGGGUUCAUGGGCGGGAGGCAUUACUGGGAGGUGGAGGUGGGAGACAAGACAGGCUGGGACCUGGGGGUUUGCAGGGAAUCUGUGAGCAGGAAGGGGUGGGUCACACGCACACCUAAGAAUGGAUACUGGGUCAUGGUACUGAGGGACGGGGGGUACAAGGCCCUCACCUUCCCCUCACCCCGCCUCUCUGUGAGCACCAGGCCCAGCCGGGUGGGGAUUUUCCUGGACUAUGAGGCAGGCAAGGUCUCAUUUUACAAUGUGACUGACAGGUCCCAUCUCUGCACCUUCACCGGCACCUUCUCCGGGACGCUGCGCCCCUAUUUCAGUCCUGGUAACAACGCCGGGGGCUCCAACGCGGCUCCCCUGACCAUCUGCCCGGUGCCAGCCCAGGCUGGAGGGAAUCCCUGCCCCUGACAGUGACCCCACGGCACCGACUGGCCCCUCCCAGCGCUGCGGCUCUUCCCCCAGGGCAGGGCCGGUUACUGCAGGUCCCUGGAUGUUUUGUGCCAACUGGUCACUGCCCCUUUCCCUUUGCAACUGGAGCCUCCAGUAGAAAUUGAGACACCUGGCAGCUUAGCCCAGACUGGGUGAAUGGGAUCCCCUGGCUGGAAGCAGCCCAGGCAGCUUUUCUCCCCUGCUCCAUGUUUGCACCAGUCCAGCAUAAGGUGAUGCUGGUAAGAAACGUGGCCUGACAGCGGGGGGGUUUGCUGCCCUCCGCUUGCCCCAUAGCCUGCCCCAGGGGUAGCAGAUGGUGCGGGAAGGGGAAGGGGACUUUCACUCCUGUCAGAGUUUCAAAUCUCAGUGUAAAACAUGAAAGAAAAAAUGUUUAGAAACUGUUGUUAUAACAAGGUGUCCACACAAGAACCUUUUCCUUUACAUUUCAGCAGCUUUUUAUAAAAAAAUCUAUUCUUAGAAAUAGAAUUAUUGACCUUUAUUCUUCCCUCACAUCAAUAUCAGCAUUUGAUGUGUUUACAUUUGUGUACAUCCUUUGUAUGUCAGCUGCAGCACUUCAAGAAAUCCAAAACAUUUAUCCAAAACCCAAUUAAUUAUUGCACUGUUCAGUGACACAUAUGUGCGGCUGCUCCCUCGCUCUCUUGCCUUGACAGGCUCUCUCUGUAAAGACUUAUAGACCCCCCCCACCACCACCACCUGCACUGCACCUUUGAGCACUCAUAGGUGAAAAAACCACAGAAUGAAUUAACCAAUCUUGUUAGAUUCACACAAUUUUGUAACAUUCUUUGAACAUUAAUUCAUGCAAUUUUCAACUUUCUAGCUGCAUAUCAUUGGUAAUCAAGACAUGGCCCCUCCUUGCCUGCUCCUGCAUCAAUUAAUACCACACAGUCCCCAAUCUCAC